CGGUAGCCAUGGCGACGCGGAGGCGCUGGAUGCUGGGCCUGGCCUUGCUCCUGCUCCCUUCGAGCCGCGCCGCUGGGCCUUCGGGCGGCCCAGGCUUCCUCCUUCCCCUCCGGCAGCCUCGAGGCUGCGGCCCGACCCAGUACUUCGAUAUCGGAAGCCUCUCCUGCGGAGAGUGCGGGGCUUCCCAGAGGAAAAGCAGGCAGGAUACAUCUUGUGAAUGUCAACCAGGAUUCAAGAUAAUUUCUAAUAAUGGUGGAUCUAUUACUUGUGAAAAAUGUCCAGACGAUGCGAGCGGAGUUACUCAAGAUGGAUGGGACUGCAUUGCUUGCCCUUAUGAAUUAACUGCUGAAGGAAAAUGUAAAUGCCCCCUUAAUGAGAUUUUAGUGGAAAGAAACACUAAUGGUGCCUUAUUGAAAACUGCAUUGUGUGUUCAGUGUGAUGGAAUGGAACCGUCAUUUGCUGCUCCAAAACCAUUAAGUAACAGGUGUUUAAGAUGUGAACCAACAUUCAUCAGUGUAAACAAGUCAUGUACUGUCUGA